AUGCGUCGAAAGCGCCAAAGAGACACUGCAAUAACUACACCUGACGUGCCUGACCCAUCGCGCGUCAAGAAAGCUCGCGCCGAACCAUUCGCAAACCCGUUACCAGCUGGUCCGGCGGAUACACCUUACGUAGCAACGCUUCAUCGGAUGCCGGGAUCGACAGCGUUGAAGCUUAUCGUGGAAGAGGAAGGAAGCCGAAAUCGGACUCGGACUCGGGACAAUAACAGACAUCGCUCGCCAUUCGACUGCAGUACCAGACUGACGCGAUGUGACCACGUCCAAGAUCCCACCGAAGGACACACAUGGCAUCGAGGAGACAUCGGCGAAAUAGGAACAACAGAUGGCGAUACAAGCCGUGUACUGCUGUUGGGAAUUGCCCAAGAGAAGGCGGAGCUUGAUGGCAGCGAGGUUGAUACAUUCUUUGCUGUGAGCUGGUUGUACACACCCGAAGAGGCAAAGGCGGAGGGUAUCCAGACCGAAAUCAAACUUGGAAGUGAAAAGACUCACAUCAUAUCAACACAUGUCCAAGUCUUGAGAUUCGGAGGAUUCAACGGUGGUCCUUUGUCGAUUAACCAACGUCAACGCGGAGUUCUCGAGGAUCACAUUCUGGAUUUCAAUGCUCGCCCGCGGCGAAUCCGCCCGCUAUCGUCACGCGGAUGCGUUGUGCAUGAAGCGAUACAGUAUUAUUAUCAAACGCAACAGCAAACUAAAGUCGAUUCGGAACCCGUUCCAGAAAUGAUACGUUCAUUGGACACAGAACCUGCACCCGAGACUGACUUGGAAGGCACCCUCAAGGUGCUGAACACAGAUACUGACUCACAACCGCAUACGCCUCCACCAGAGUACGAUUCCGAUGAUCCAAGCGAACACGCAUCUCCGCUAGACCCUCGCUUAUCCAGUCCACUCAUUGUUACCGCUAGUGGCCUCGAUAAGGAUGGAGAUGGUCAGAUUACCCCUACGAUUACGGCGAAGAUUGAGGCCAGCAGCGGCAGUGUUCUAGAACGGCUGCAACGUUCGAUGGUUGCACUCAGCCCAUUCCACUCAAAGUGA